GGGGUUUUCAGCACCUUAUGUGAGAUUUUGUUGGCCUAGGCAAUCUGGGUGUGAAAGAUUCAAUCGUUUCUAGGGUCUGAUUAUUGAAAUUAUUUUUAUCAAUAGUUGAUUACUUAGGAGUAGAUUUUUGCGAUUGGGUGAUGGCUCGGUUGAUUCUACCAUGCAAAGCUUCGAGUCUGUCAAAGACCUGUCUCUUGGGUUUGGUCACCAGUGCUCCUCUCCAGGCUAGUUGUCGUCUCGGUUUAGUUGGGCAUUCAGCAAAGAAUAUCUGUAGAUAUAGGCAGUACUUCAGUUCAGAGGUUAACCAUUGGAGGAAUCGUCGGUUUCUGUAUACUUCAUUGCCAGGUGCUACAAGUGUCAGUCGGAGGUUAAUCUGUUCGGUUGCAACAGAAUCACUAGCAAAGCAAGUCGAAGAUCCCAAAAUGGAUACACCAAAGGAAAUCUUCUUGAAGGACUACAAGCAGCCGGAUUACUUCUUUGAUACUGUGGAUUUGAAGUUUUCGCUUGGUGAGGAGAAAACAAUCGUUUGUUCCGAAAUAGCAGUAUAUUCCAGAGUUGAAGGCUGUUCUGCUCCGCUGGUCUUGGAUGGGGUGGAUCUGAAGCUGAUUACAAUAAAGAUCAACGGGAAGGAGCUUAAGGAGGAAGAUUUUAGCUUAGACUCUCGUCACUUGAUUGUUCGCUCACCUCCAAGUGGUAAAUUUACCUUACAAAUUGUGAAUGAAAUCUACCCACAGAAGAAUACAUCCUUAGAGGGGCUCUACAAGUCAUCUGGAAAUUUCUGCACACAAUGUGAAGCUGAGGGUUUUAGAAAAAUUACAUUCUAUCAGGAUCGUCCCGAUGUUAUGGCAAAGUAUACUUGUCGUAUUGAAGCUGACAAGUCAUUAUACCCUGUAUUGUUAUCUAAUGGAAAUCUUAUUGAGCAAGGAGACUUGGAGGGAGGCAAACAUUAUACUCUUUGGGAGGAUCCUUUCAAGAAGCCUUGCUAUCUUUUUGCAUUAGUUGCUGGACAGUUAGAGAGCAGAGAUGAUACAUUUACAACGCGUUCAGGCCGUAAGGUCUCUCUUAGAAUCUGGACCCCUGCACAAGAUCUACCAAAGACAGCCCAUGCAAUGUACUCUCUGAAAGCAGCUAUGAAAUGGGAUGAAGAUGUUUUUGGGCUUCAGUAUGACCUGGAUCUUUUUAAUAUUGUAGCUGUUCCGGAUUUUAACAUGGGAGCCAUGGAAAACAAAAGUUUAAAUAUUUUUAAUUCCAAACUUGUGUUGGCAUCACCUGAAACUGCAACAGAUGGAGAUUAUGCUGCAAUUUUAGGUGUGAUUGGGCAUGAGUACUUUCACAACUGGACGGGCAACAGAGUGACAUGUCGGGAUUGGUUUCAGCUCAGUUUGAAGGAAGGUCUCACUGUUUUCCGUGAUCAGGAAUUUUCGUCUGAUAUGGGAAGCCGUACUGUGAAACGGAUAGCUGAUGUUUCAAAGCUUCGAACUUAUCAAUUUCCUCAGGAUGCUGGUCCCAUGGCACAUCCAGUUCGACCUCACUCUUAUAUCAAGAUGGAUAACUUCUAUACAGUAACGGUGUACGAAAAGGGAGCUGAAGUUGUGAGAAUGUACAAAACCUUGUUGGGGAGUGAUGGAUUUAGAAAAGGAAUGGACCUAUAUUUUGAGAGGCACGAUGGGCAAGCUGUAACAUGUGAAGACUUCUUUGCUGCCAUGAGAGAUGCAAACAGUGCCGAUUUUUCUAAUUUCUUGUUAUGGUAUUCCCAAGCUGGGACUCCUCGUUUGAAGGUUGUUUCUUCCUAUAACACUGAAGCUCGUACUUACUCUCUCAAGUUUAGUCAAGAGGUCCCAGCCACCCCUGGACAACCUGUAAAAGAACCCAUGUUCAUUCCUGUAUCUGUAGGACUGCUCGACUCCAAUGGCAAGGACCUGCCCCUAUCCUCUGUGUAUCAUGAUGGACAGCAGGAGAGCAUUAUAUGCAAUGGUUAGCCAGUUCACACUACAAUUCUCAGAGUAACAAAGAAAGAAGAAGAGUUUGUGUUCAAUGACAUACCAGAGCGUCCGGUACCAUCUAUACUGAGAGGUUAUAGUGCUCCUGUCAGACUGGAGUCUGAUCUCACUGAGGCUGAUUUGUUUGUCCUCCUUGCUAAUGAUUCUGACGAGUUCAACCGUUGGGAGUCGGGGCAGGUCCUAGCACGAAAGCUGAUGCUCAGCCUAGUCUCAGAUUUCCAGCAAAACAAACCAUUGGUUCUUAAUCCACAGUUUGUGCAUGGACUCAAAACUAUACUCAGUGAUUCAAGCUUGGAUAAGGAAUUUAUUGCAAAGGCAUUUACUCUGCCUGGUGAAGGAGAAAUCAUGGACAUGAUGGAAGUUGCUGAUCCUGAUGCUGUUCAUGCAGUCAGGACUUUCAUCAGAAAGCAGCUUGCUUCUGAAUUAAAACCAGAGUUUCUUGACACGGUGAAAAACAACAGGAGCUCUGAACAGUAUGUGUUCAACCAUCCAAAUAUGGCAAGGCGCGCCCUUAAAAAUAUUGCCCUUGCAUAUCUUGGGUCACUUGAAGAUGCAGAAAUAACUGAGCUUGCACUGCACGAAUACAGAACUGCCAAAAAUUUGACUGAACAAUUUGCGGCUCUUGUAGCUCUUGAUCAGAACCCCGGCAAAACACGAGAUGAUGUUUUGGCCGAUUUCUACAGCAAGUGGCAGCACGAUUUCUUGGUUGUAAAUAAGUGGUUUGCUCUUCAAGCAAUGUCUGAUGUUCCUGGGAAUGUUGAGCAUGUUCAGAAACUCCUAAAUCAUCCUGCAUUUGACAUGCGUAAUCCAAAUAAGGUGUACUCGUUGAUCGGAGGAUUUUGUGGAUCUCCUGUUAACUUCCACGCCAAAGAUGGCUCGGGCUACAAAUUUUUGGGAGAAAUGGUGGUGCAGCUGGACAAACUGAAUCCUCAGGUGGCCUCUCGCAUGGUGUCAGCCUUCUCUAGAUGGAAGCGUUUUGAUGAAACCCGGCAAAAUCUCGCCAAGGCUCAGCUGGAAAUGAUCUUGUCCGCCAAUGGACUGUCGGAGAAUGUGUACGAGAUUGCAUCAAAGAGCUUGGCUGCUUAAAUUCUCAAUUUUCGAUAUGGCCGAAAACUAUUAAUCUCGGAUGAACUUGUUAGUAAUAAAACUUCUAAUUUUCGGAUGUUUACUGAAUAUGCAAUAACUAUGUCAACUUCUCAAUGUGUUAGAAUUUCAGUAAGUUCACAAGUACACAUGGUAAAACGCUUACCUGUUAAAUGUCAUCUUUAGUUCAUUUUUCUGCA